CGCACUUGCUUUCACCACCGACAUUUAAACUCAAAUAGCAAGUUAGCGAUCAUUUACAACAUCACAAAGUUUCAAGACUUUUGCUCGCGUAUGCAUACAGAAGCAAGUCCGAGACGCACACAAAAUGCCCAGAGAAAGCGAAAACGACGGAUCAAGAGAUUACCGCGACAACGAUAGAGAGAGCGGGAGAAAGGAGCAGGACGAGAGGUAUCGCUCAAGGUCAGAGCGAGACGAUAGAGACAGGGACAGAGAGAGGAGAAGGGUUAGAAGCAGCAGUAUGGAUCGAGAUAAGGACAGGGACAGAGAAAGGGAUCGAGAUUCCAGACGUCGACAUCGCGAUUCUGAAUCCCGCUCGCCUUCACGCCAUCGUCGUGCCAAAAAUAGGGAUGAGGAUCGUCAUCACAAACCAAGGUCAAGCAGGAGGCGGUCUCGGUCGGGGUCAAGGAGUGAUUCUAGUGAUUACUCCAGUGACAGUGAGAGUGAAGAUGAGAGACGGAGGAGGAAACGGAAGGAACGAGAGAGAAAACGCGAGAAAGAGGAGAAAGAAGAACGCCGAAGGCGAAAGGAAAAGAAGAGAGCUAAACGUGACAAGAAGAAGAGAGAGACCGCCGCUUCUACGCAUAGCUGGGGCCAAUAUGGUAUCAUUUCAGAAAUAGAUUUACCCAAGAAAGAUUCGGAAUUCCGAGCUUGGUUGGUAGAGGAAAGGAAGAUCAAUCCGGAGACCAUUAGCAAGGACAGAACAAAGAAGGAGUUCGCGGUGUAUGUCGAGGAUUACAACACGGCAACUCUUGGGCACGAGAAAUAUUACGACAUGGACAAAUAUAUGAUAAAAUUGAACAUGAUCCGAUCAGGUCAAACUUUACCCGAUGAGAGCAGUGGCUAUGAUCCUAUGGCGGAUAUGAAGGCUCAUUCGUCAAGUCUCAAGUCGACGACGAAGGAACCUCAAGAGUCAUAUCUCAGUCCUCAAGAAGUAGCAGAGCUGCGUAGAAUUGAGGCGGAACGUACAGAGAUCAGCAAACGAAGAUUGCUGGGUAUGAAUGUGCCCAAGAAUAUGGGCGUCAGGACAGAAGAUGCGGACUACUAGCUGUUUCACCAUAGUUUUAUGUUAGAC